AUGGAGCGCUUCCAGCAAAUUAGCUACACAGCGGCUGAGCUCGUCAUUGGCGGAAUAUACAUCUCCAGUCUGAGCCGCCAUCUCAGAAUGAAGCCGAAUGUCAUUCAUAAACGAGUCAUACGUGACCUCUUCUACGUGCUCAUCAUCGCCGUCGUGCUUGAUAUUGUCACAGUAGUGAUGGUUUUCUUCAACCAUACGGGGAUGAAUCAUGCCAUUCAGGCUUUCUCAUAUAUACUGAAGCUGAAGCUAGAGUUUGUGGUCCUUAAUCAGCUCAAGAAUGUUAUUGCGCCUCACCGAAUUCGCAAUUCGGCAAGACGGUAUCAUCAUCCGGAUGCCUUUGGUAUCUUCCAGAUCUCGGAGUCUGAGAAGGCGAAGAAGACCAAGAGAUGGGGACUGGAGAGAUGGUGGAGUGAUGAGAAAAGUGAGCAUUUAGAGAAAGAGGUGAUUGUACCUGCCAUGCCGGACGAGGCCAGGUUGAAGGGAGAUGUUAAUGGGGUACGAGGAGGUGUUUGGCCUGUACAGGUGAAAGUCAAGCAGAAAGCUAGAAGAGACGAGUUCGGGGAUAUUAUCGAGGAUGACAUUGAGGAGGUUGAGCUGAGAGUGGUCAAUGGGACGCGCGAGGAUAAUGUGUAA